UUUGCACUCUCUCAAUAUUGAGUUCUUUGAAAACACAAGCUCUCGCGUUCUCGAUGUUGCUUCCACACAACGUCAAUUACAAACAUCCGUAACCAAGACAAAUAGUCGAACCUCGACAGGACCCGAGGCGACAAACUCAGGGACUUUUUGGCCACUAAAUGAGCCACUCUGUUUCUCUGACGACCUACAAAUCACAGUUCACAAUUUCCACCGAAACCAACCAGCAAGGAUCUAAUCUCUCGCAAAAUAGAACCCACCUUUGAAUCCUUGUCAUCCCCAGCCAAGCACUUGUCCAAGAUCACUUUAGCAUCACCCGUAAUUAGCAGAGGAGUCAAACGCCUAAGAGCACACUCCCGUAAGCAAUCUCUUAGUGUCAAACUUUCCAAGACAUGAGCAUCCGCAAUCCCUGGAUAAAUUGUGCUCGUCGCGGCUAAUGGAGCUGCAUUCACAUCAUCAAAAGAACCUUCACAAAUUGCAAAAGAAGCAGCCCCGGAAUCACCACGCCUAGUUGCACCAUCAAAGCAAGCAUGAAAACGGGACGAUAAAAACUGUCGAGGAGCUGGGGCUGAAGCACAAACGUGCUGCUUAUCCCAUGAUUGAUACUCUGACCGUAAACCCACCAAGUUCUCGCUGUUGCUCUCACUCAACUAGUUACCUAAGGCCCAACCUGACUAACUUGGGCCUUUAGUUUUGAUCCACUUAAGCCCAAUCAGAACGCAAAAACAUCUUUUAACAGGCCAGCGGACUGGAAAAGGAAAAAAAAUGGAGAAUGGGAAGAAAAAGAAUAGACAAAAAAGGAGACGUGUUAGUCGGCGGAUCGGGUCGGGAAAACCGCCAUGUAGCUCGCCCAUUGACUCGCCCUCGAGAUCGUAGAUCGAUUUUUUCCUAUAAAUAUGAAAAAAAGCAAAACCAGUUUUGAUAUUUCUAUUACAUUUAUAUAAAAAUAAAAUAUAUCUCCCCAAUUCCAAGUUGACAGACUGAUCCAAAACCUUCCCGUCUCCUUGUGUCCUUUCUUCUUCUAAAUAGUUAAUACUUUUAUACUCCGCCUGCAAAUUUUCUCCGUCUACGAAGCUGAGGCUCACGUGGUGGUGAUGGGAUCAAUCUCCUCCGCCUUAUCCAGAUCUCCUUAAUUGAAAACUAGGGUUUUGAUCCUUCAUCGCAUCCUCCAUCUUUGCUACAGAGUGAAGCGUUCAAUCGGAGAAGAAUUAAGAAUCAGAAAGGGGGAUUUGAUUUUUCCUUCUUUCUUAGGGUUUGGGGAGGGAGCGGGUAGCUGAGAAAUCGUCAUCGGAAAAGUCGCAGGUGGUGUCGGGAAGAGAUUGCAGCGGUGGCGGGGCGACGGGUUGGUGGGGGGUUUCGGAGAGCAUAGGAUUUAAAAUGCCUUCGGUGCCCAUUCUGCGUUCUCCGAUUCUUCCUUCUCUAACACCCUACCAUGGAGGGAUGUGCUCGCAUCGUUUGAAACGGCUCGAAAAGAGUAAUCGGCGUGGUAAUCUUAGUUAACAUUAGGUUCCUUCUUCUUCUUCUUCUCCCCCUCUUUUUUACCUCCAGUUUGCUCCUCUCCCCUUUUAUUGCCGCUUACCUGUACUUGAGAUCUCUUCUUCCGGGAGCUCUAUUGUUGUUGUUCCUCUCCAUCUCUGGUGUGCGUGUGCUCGCUAAAAGUCUGUGAAAAGUUCGUCGAUCUGGUCGUGUUUGGAGAGAUCGGUGAUUGGAUUUGCUUCAACCUUCGUGAUUAGGUAAUUUUCUGUUUUGCGUUGAAUUUGAUUGUCGAAUCUGCGUUUGUUUUGAUGAUCUGCGUUAUUCAUUCUAGCUGAUGAUUGGUUCAGGCGAGUUGAAAAUAUUGCUAGGGUUUUGUUUUGUGCAGUUGGAUUAUCAGAUUGAUUUCAAUUCCACUAGCAAAUGUUUGCUUAAUGUGGACCAAUAUGUGGAAAAUCGUUUAAGAGUUUUUAGAUAUACUGUUUGCUAAUCUGCUAUUACCCACUUGUUGCCUGCAGUUUUCUGUUCAUUGUCUUUGUUACUGUCGAUGGACGUUGGCCACCGUGGUGCUGGUUCUGUUGAGGAUCUUCUGUUGGAUGAAGAGGAAGUCGAUCUUGGAAAAUUGAGGUCCGAAAGUACUCGAGAAACAGAUGCAUUUGGUAGAGAUCACCUCGAUGAUGGAGGUGGAGGUUGUGAAUCAAUCGGCUCAUCUGGGCCUCAACCUGUCUCCGGUAAUUGCUUGGACAAAUCAGCAAAAUUCCCCUGUCCUAGCGACAAGGCAUCCGGUCUAGAUUCAUCAAAUGAUGAUGCUCCAGAGGAAGCAUUGCACUUGCUGUUCUCCGAAGAGCCCCUGCAGGCCGCUGAGUCUAUAAAACUCAUACCUGCCCUGAAAGGUAGCCGAGAGAAAAUGGGUAAGGCGGCACCAAGGCAGCAACUGAGUGUGACUUGGGCUCCUGAUGUGUAUGACCCCGUUCCCAAUUCUCUCUGCCACACGGUGAAGAGCAGUAAGAAGAAAUCAAGAAGAGAGAAAGAUAGAGAUAACAACCACCACCACAACAAGAAGAAUGGAAAGAAGGGACAGAAGGGCAGUGGUAGUACAUCAUCCUCGCGAGGAGGCAGCAGCAGCAGUAGUAGCAAGGACAAGAAGCAAAUCCGGAGAAAGCCCGACAACAAGUCUUCUUAUAAAACACUGGAUAUCUGUGAUGACAGAUUUGGCGAUUCUUCAAGUGGGCUUAGCUUUGAUGUGGCUAGUGCAGACUACUGCGGCAGCAGCUUCCUUAAGAAAUCUGUAACAGAGUUCCAUUACUCUGUUGCUGAGGCGUUGUGAUCUUAGACCCUGGCUUCGUUUCAUGCGAUAACUAAGCCCGGCCUCCAGCUUUGUGUCUUUUCUUUUUCUUCUGUGAAUAAAUAAGUGCUCUUAUGGGAGUGUAGAAGUUUUUAGAACUUCUAAAUCUGUGCUGUGUACUGUACGAUUGUUGUUUGGUAGUUAAUUUGACAAGGAGACCAGCCUGGUUCUGUGUGAUGUUUUCUUUGCUCUAAUAUCAUGUACUUCUGACUUAUUAUUUCCAAGGUUUAGUUGCUUCCUCAGCUUACAAAGCCAUUUUGUCUGUGCAUGUAGUUAACCCCUUUUCAGAAUGAUUACAACAUAGCAACCACUCCAACCAUCUACAAUGAUUAACUAACGAAGUGACCUAGUUUUAGUUUUAUAUCUUACCAGUUAUCAGUAGAGUUAAAAUAGAGGUUACCCAUUGGA